CACGAGCUGCUCUCGUUCGCAGGCAUGAGCCAUGAGCCGAAGUCGCCGUCCCUAGGAAUGCUCUCCACCGCCACCCGCACCACCGCCACCGUCAGCCCCCUCACCCCCUCGCCGCUCAACGGCUCCAUCGUCCCCAAUGGCAGCCCGGCAGCCAGCAGCACUUUGUCCGUCCAGGCAGCACCUUCCUCCAGCUUCGCCGCUGCUCUCCGCAAGCUCGCCAAGCAAGCCGAGGAGCCCAGAGGGUCUUCGAUAAGCAGCGAGUCGUCCCCGGUCUCCUCGCCGGCCACCAACCACAGCUCCCCCGCCAGCACGCCCAAGCGUGGCCCCAUGGGUCCCAUCAUCGUGCCCCCGGGGGGGCACAGCGUGCCCAGCACGCCGCCCGUCGUCACCAUCGCCCCUACGAAGACUGUCAACGGGGUCUGGAGGAGCGAGGGUAGACAGGUAUGGCUGGGUUCGGGGGGUGUCUGGAUGGACGAGUCGUACUGCCUGUCGGCGCUGCGGUCGCCCUUCUACCCGCUGCCAGCGCCGGGCUCGCUGCCACCCCUGCACCCCUCGGCCAUGCACCUGCACCUCUCGGGGGUCCGGUACCCCCCCGAGCUCUCGCACUCCUCCCUCUCCGCCCUGCAGUCCGAGCGCAUCUCCAGCCUGGCCGCCGAGAGGCUGCAAAUGGAUGAAGAGCUGCGGCAGAGGGAGCGGGAGCGCGAGCGGGAGCGAGAGAAGGAACGAGAACGGGAGCGGGAACGUGAGAAAGAGCUGGAGCGGGAGCGGGAGAAGGAGCGAGAACGGGAGCUGGAGAGGCAGCGGGAGCGCGCCCGGGAGAAGGAGCUCAGCAUGGUGAAAGCCAUGGAGGGGCCCUUCCUCCCCGUGGCCGAGCUGCACGGGCUGCGGGGGCACCCGGCCGAGGAGCGGGGCAAGCCCGUGGAGCCGCUGGCGCCCGGCAGAGCAGAGAAACUCAAGGACUCGGUGCUGCCGACGCCAAAGCCCAUCCAGCACCCGCUGCACCAGCCACCAGCCUCGCACCACCCCGUGCCCAGCCUCAUCCCCAACCACAACGUGUUCCCGCUGCCGGGGAGCAGCGCGGCCACGGCGCUGCUCAUCCACCGCACCAACGAGGAGGAGAAGUGGCUGGCCCGGCAGCGCCGGCUGCGCCAGGAGAAGGAAGAUCGGCAGUCCCAAGUCUCAGAGUUUCGACAACAAGUCCUAGAACAGCACCUCGACAUGGGGCGCACCCCGAGCCAGCCUGAGCCUGAGCACCGCCCCGAGCACCCCAGGUAGGGAUGUGCUGCCACGAGCCGAGCAGCCGG